AUGAAAAAGUGUGAUAAAGAAUGUAGUGGUGGAUUGAGAAGGAAGAUUAAAUCUAAUAGUGCUGAUUUUCAAGUCAAGUUAGCUAGAUAUACUGAAAAGCAAUUAAAUUUAGCAUUAAAAGUAUCAAACUUUCAACAAACUCAAAUCAUUGAAAUAUUAUUUGAUAAUUUGACUCAAGUGAUUGACUCGGAAUAUCAAAAUCAAUUGUCACAAUUAUCAAAUGAUUCAAUUUCUGCUACUCCUAUGAAACAAUUCAGAAAUGACACUACACAGAAUCAAUCAAAGUAUUUUUACCAUAUUUUAGCAGAUUACUAUUAUAAUAAUCCAAAUGAAUCAGAAAGAUUGCAAAAAUUAUGUUUAAAACUCUUAACCAAUCAAUAUCUUCCUUCCAUAUAUACAAUGCUCUUUUAUAGAUGGAUGUUUGAUAGUGAAUCUCAAAAUUUGAGUUUAAUUCAUAUUAAUAUAUUUAUGAAAGGUGUAAAUAGAUUAUUCUGGUCAGAUGUACAAAGUAAAACACUAAGAUACAAUAGUUUAUUUAGAUUUAUUCAAAAUGAUAUUUUACUGAAAGAUAAUUUCUCUAGUUUUUUCAAUCCUACAAAUCCUUAUUCAUCAUUUCAUGCUAGGAAUUAUAGUGAAGCAGAGGAUGGAUAUGUGACACCUGAUAUGGAUUCAAAAGAUUUGGAAAAUGUAAUGAAAUCACCUGUAAUGGAUGAAUAUAAAGAAAGAAAAUCAAUUUCUAACACAAUUGAAGAUGAUGGAACUGUGGUUAAUGUACAAAAAGUUAUUCAAUCGAAAAAAAUUGAUUUAAUAAGCAUUGUUGCUAAAUACUAUUUCUAUUAUGAGAAUAGAGAUUCGAGAUACAAACUGAAACCAUACAUUAUGCAUUUAUCAGAAAAAUGUGCUCUAGAUCCAUCUCAAACAACAGAUUUUGCUGAUGAAAUUGAAAAGAAAAACAAGACCUAUUCUAAACCUAAUGAUAAGCUAAGAUUGACUAACAAACAAGAUGAGAAUUACAAAGUAAUGCUUAUUCUGAUUUCUGACAUGUUUGUUAAUGAAAAUAUUUUGCUUUUGUCAACCGUGGAUGAUGAAGAAAUAAUUUUGAGCGUGUUAACAAGAUGUCAAUUAUUCUCAGAGUUGGAAAUCACAAACAGGACUAUGGUAAAGUUUCAAGCAGCCAUCUAUGCCUUCACUUGUCCUGGAACACCUAAUAUUCAUACUUCUAGUUUAAUUAGAGCUAAGGCAUCCAAAACAUUGGAUUAUCUCUUCCCUAGUGGUAAAUAUGCAAGAUGGUGGUUAAAUACAUCAUUUAGAUUGCUCUAUUAUAAUUGGCCUGUGUCUUUGUGGAAUUGGUCAAAAGAAAAGGUAGCACAAGUAUUUGAUCUGCCCAACAGAGCUUGGGAGUUUGUAAAUUAUCAUUUCAAUUUCCAACCUGAACUGACCAUUCAAUACGAUACCAAGACAUUUUAUGAUAGUACAGACGAGGAAGAUGACCAAAAUAUUUAUUCUAUUACUUUCAAUAGUAGUAACUUGUAAAUAAAAUCAGAAAGUAAUCAUGUC